AUGAAGCGACCUACUAGGCGCGGCCGCAGUGGUACCAAGCCACAGAACCUCAUCCCAGAUAUUCAUCGGAGGGCCGUGAUCCGAUGGGAGAACGGCAUGCCUGUCGGGCCAUUUGCUAACUCUUUCAACAAUUUCCUCGCCACUUUAGCCAGGAGACAUGAUUUCUUCAACAUAUUUUUGACGUGGAAGUCGCAGCGGAUUGAUGCGCUGCGAUUUUUCUUUCUUGACGAUUACGCUUGUGCCUGGACUUACUGCUUCACGCAAAUCAAUCUAUCGUUCAAGAGGUGGCGGUUUGAGCUGAAGAAAAAAUAUUUUAUUCAAAGAACAAAAGAUUGUGAGCGUUACUGGCAUCUUGACGAGCGUGUAGAUGGAGUAGAUUUUUUUGCACUUUACGAUUAUUGGGACACGGCCGAAAUUCAGGAUCAAGCUGAAACAGCAAGGAGGAACCGCAAUGCGCCCCGCAGUUACGAGCAUCACGGGGGCUCCAGGUCCUUCAGCCAGCAUUAUCAUCAAUUGGCGCUUGAGGGAAGGGGAGAACUCGGGCAUUUUGCAGAUCGUAUUCUGACUGGUUGGAGUCCAAAUUACGCCGAUGAAGUGAAGAAAGCGCAGAACCGGGAUCUGGCUGAGAAAUUACAUGCUAAGGUGCAGGAGCAAUUAUCACAGACUCAGGUCGAUUCUAACACUCCGACCCGAUUAAGUAGAGAGGAGGAGGAUAGCAUCAUCGAGACGGUCAUUGGACCGAGUAGGAAGAACAGAUACAGGUGGAGAGGAUCCGAGCAUCGACCAUACGAGUCCAGUAGCACCUACGAGUCUGCAGCUCCACCAGGAUGCAGUUCUUCUCAAGACCCGACUAUGGAGCAGCGGAUGAAAGCGAUGGAAGAUUGGCAGUCGCGUCGGGAGUCGGAGCUACUCUAG